AUGAGGCUCCGAAAUGUCUCCUUCCUGACGGUCUUGUUGUUCGGGCUGUGCGGGCUGGUCUCCCUGUCCUGGUACACCGCCUUCAGCAGCUCCAGAGGUAAGAUGUUCAAGUCUCUGGACCUGUCGCUCAUCGUGGAGUUCAUGCUGAUGUUCUACAAGGACAAACCCAUCGACUGGCUGCUGGACCACAUCAUGUGGGUCAAAGUGUGCAACCCGGAGAAGGACGCGAAACACUGCGACAGGCAGAAAGCAAACCUGAGGAUUCGCUUCAAACCGUCUCUUUUCCAACACGUCGGCACACACUCGUCUCUGGCUGGAAAAAUACAGAAACUCAAGGAUAAGGACUUUGGGAAACAGACCCUCCAUAAGGGUCACGCCAACCCGCUGGCAGAGGUGACGACCAGCCUGAAGACCUACCAGCACUUCACCCUGGAGAAGGCCUACCUGGGGGAGGACUUCUUCUGGGCCUUCACCCCCGUGGCGGGGGACUUCAUACGGAUACGAUUCUUCACACCUGUCCGCAUCGAGAGGUAUUUCUUUCGGAGCGGAAACAUCGAACAUCCGGGAGACAAACUCUUCAACACGUCAGUGGAGGUUCUGCCGUUCGAUAAUAUUCAGGCGGAAGAGGCCUUGACAGAAGGGAGAGAGAAAACGCCAAAAUACCAUCGGACAGAGGACGGAUUCAUCAGAAUAGGAACGUUCAAGAACGGGAUCGCGGAGGGGGAGGUGGACCCCACCUUCGGGCCCCUGGAGGCCAUGCGCCUCACAGUGUUGACGGACUCGCCGGUCUGGGUGAUCCUCAGCGAGAUCUUCAUAAAGAAGGCCGAGUGAGGCUCCUCUCCCCCUCAGUGAUACCUCAGCACCUCCGAACGUUCAGCCGAGCUGACCGGAGGCCCGUCAGCUGCCGUCCUGAUUCACACCGCGGUGCCGCAACGCCGCCGUCUGGCCGGACCUCGCCACUGCAGGGCUGAACAGACCCGAGACUGAAAACACAGAUCACACAGACAGACGCACAGAAAGACAAACUGUCUCCGGGGUUUGCACAACACGACAAGCGAAGAGAGAAGUCGCUCUCAGACGAUGCUGUAAUUAAGAAUCUGUAUUUAUGUGUACAUACAGGAAGGUAGACGUUGAAAACACUGGUAAUUGUCGAGGCGGCGGCGACCGCGCCGCGUCCUCUGAAACUGCUGCUUCCAAAAUCAAAGACUCAAAGGCUUUCUGUCUGCAGACGGUCGGUCCGGACCUUUCUACCAACACUAUCCCACCAGUGUACCCCCACAGUAACCGUGUAUGUGCGUGUAUGCGUAGAGCUGAGCACACUGUCAUAUGAAUGCCCUCUCAGUGUGUCCGUGUGUCUGUCGUCGCUGCUCGGGGUUCACGCCGUUUCCCUCCAUCUGAGAGCGAUUUGCCUUAACGAAGACGGAGAGCAGAUUUACUUCAAAAUAGGACGAGCCCCGGACUGACCAAAUGUAGCCACGACGAGUACCCAGAAUCCUUUGCUGCGACCUCGGACCUUCUCGCAUCUUUGUGGCUUGAAACUACUGACGGCGACAGCUGGUAUUUUACUUUUUUAACGAAGUCUUUUAAAGUCGUUUUAUGUUGAGUUUACUGAGGCCUUGUUACUGUCAACAGCUCUGCUCUACUUCACAGUACUCUGCUGUACUUCACUGUACUUCACAGUACUCUACUAUACUUAACAGUACGUCACAGUAGUGCGGUAAGGUACUGUGAAGCACUCUAGUUUCCUUUGUGCUCUGCAGUACUUUACUGUUCUGAAAUGUUCUUUACAGUGCUUUAAUGUACUCCACAGUACUUUAAUGUAUUUUACAGUACUUUACUUAACAGGACUUUAAUGUACUUUGAAGUACUCUACGGUACAUACAGUUCUCUGGUUUACUCUCCAGUACUCUACUGUACUUUACAGGACUUCACAGUACUUUAUGUACUUUACAGUGCUUUAAUGUACUCUAAGGUAUGUUAAUGUACUUUACAGUACUUUAAUAUACUUAUCAGUAUUUCACAGCACUCUAACAUACUUAACAGUACUUUGAUGUACUUUACAAUACUGCAAUGUACUUAAUAGUAUUUCACAACACUCUAGCGUACUUUACAGAACUUUAAUUACUUCACAAAACUUUACUGUGCGCUACAGCACUGUGAUGUACUCAAAGGUACAUUAAUGUACUUUGCAGUUUUUCACAGUACUCCAAGGUACUUCACAGUACUCUGAUGUACUUUACAGUACUCUAAUAUACCUUAUAGUACUUCACAGUACUCUAAAAUACUAUACAGUACUCUAAUGUACAUUACACUUCUCUAAUGUACUUUAAAAAUACUUUAAUGUACUCUACAGUACUCUAGUUUCCUCUGCUGUGCUCUGUAGUACUCUGACAUACUUUACAGUACUGUAAUGUACUCUACAGUUCUCUAAGGUACUCUGUGGUACUUUAGUUUCCUCUGCUGUGAUCUGCUGUACUUUACUGUACUGUAGUUUUUCAGUCCAGUGCAAAAACACAGAUUCACUUCUUUUUUUCUUUCUUUUAUUUUUCAGUCUCUUAUUCACACUUUUGGUAAUAAAUACUACAGAUUAUCAAAUACUUUCUAUAGUUUAAUUUUCAUUUCUCUGUAAAGACGGCGUUUUUUUCAUCUGGGACUUUGUCUUCUCGUACUGACAUCGUCUCUUUUAGUCCACGUGUCCUCGCGUUCCCUCAGAUUAUAAACUGGUGCCCUUUGCACACUUUGUUUGUUCCUGCUGUUCAAUAUUUGGUGUCGCUAAAUAACACAAAUAUUUCCUUCAAACUCGAAAUGACGAUUUCUCGUGUCCUCGCCUUCGUGCUGCUGUCAUGAUCACGUGUACAGAGAGAUGAAUAAUCUGAUUUCACGUCCUGAAUAUGAUCCAGACCAGGAUAAGACUCAAAACCGAGAAAAAAGUGUUCGUACAUGUAAACACAGCCGUGUGUUUAAUAUACUGGAAGGACCUGCGUUAAAUUUAAAUUAUGGCUGUUUUUAUGGCUUUUCGUGUCUUAAAAACAUUCACUUUUCUACCUAAUUUAGUCCUAAAAAUGUAGCCAUGUUCAAAUCCACAAAUCCAUCGAGUUUUAAGCUAUUAAAGCGCAUCAAUUAUUAAUUUAAGGGAACAAAUUAAGUGAUUCAAAACAACAAAAUCACUCAUUUAAGGGAACAAUUUAAUUAAAAAAAUCUUCCAACUCGUCCCAGACUCCAGGAGAUCUCCCCGUCUCUCAUAACUGGACUUCAUUCAUUCAUUCAGAUGGAAAACAGAAACACAAACAGGUUUUUUUUUUUCAGAUUUGAGGUGAACUGAGCGUCUUCAAGCGUCAGGAAACAUCCCGAGAUUUCUUUUCUUUGUAAGAUGCACUGGAAUGCAUUACUAUAAUCUUGUGUUUGUCUUUUGUAUCCUUUAGAUAAACUCUAUUUAAAUGAUCUUAAACUUCUAUCCAAUCUGUGACUUGUAAUAAAGAC